GCAUUGCUAUUUUGCAUGGCCCAGAAGUUGCGACAACACUGCAAUUUAUUACGUGUGCCAUUUCCGACCAGACAGUCAUUUUGGUAGCAAUUUAAAUCGUGCUGUACUGAAGUUCUUCCUCAUUAUUAUCUCUCAAUUUCUUGAUAAGAUUUACUGUUCAAGUCAGAUAAGGAUGUGGUGUGGCAGGUUGCUGUGGCUAGGAACAAUCUUGCUGUUGACAAUGACUGUUUGCAGCUCACAACGUAGUCUAAGAAUUGAUGAGGAGAAUGGGGUGAAAGUGGAAACUUUGCUAUCUCCUAGGUUUGAGUUGGAACCAGGAUCUGUUUGUAACAAAUUCUUUUAUGGUAUCGACUUUCCGAGAGGUCAUAUUGGUGUCCGAGGUUUUGAUGCCGAGGUAGUUGAUGAGGAAGGGAAUUCUAUCCCACUUCAUGAAACCUAUCUUCACCACUGGGUUGUGGGGAAAUUAAUGAUACCCAAAGGUGUUGAAGCUCAAAAGGAGCAUUAUAAUGAGACAGCAACUCUUGUAUGGAACUCAGGGGUUUGUGCAGAGCUUCCACAGUAUUUUGGGCUUGGAUCGGAGACACGAAAGACAGACACACAUAUCCCGGAUGGUUAUGGAAUUGAAAUAGGUAAUCCGCCCCCGGGGUUUGGGGAAGGAUGGCUGCUGAAUGUACAUGCGAUUGAUACUCGGGGCGCAGAGGAUAAGAUGGGGUGCAUCGAGUGCAGGUGUGAGAUGUAUAAUGUGACAGAAGAUGAGUAUGGGAUGCCCAUUGGUGAUGAUUAUGUUGGAGGGCUUAGAUGUUGCUAUGAUGGGGGGAGAUGCAGAGUGAAAGGAGGGUUUCGGGGCGAAAAGAGAGGCUUAUACCUUAAGUACACUGUCACUUAUGUUGAUUGGAACCCCUCGAUUGUGCCUGUCAAAGUUUAUCUGUUUGAUGUCACGGAUACAUUGGAAUCGUCUGAUUCAGUCCGGGGAAGACACCGUUGCCAGAUUGAAUAUCGAGUUGAUGCAUGUUCUGCUGCUGCUGCUGCGGCCGCUGCUGAUGAAUGUGUUCAUUCCAAAAGCUUAACCGUAAGCUUGCCAAAAGGCGGGGAUCUCAUCUAUGCUGUCGCUCAUCAACACGUUGGCGGGGCUGGCUCUACGCUUUUUGGAGAGGAUGGACGGGUUCUGUGCGAUUCGUUUCCAAUUUAUGGGAACGGAACAGAAGCAGGAAAUGAAGAUGGUUACCUCGUUGGAAUGUCAACCUGUUACCCUCAACCUGGCUCGGUCAAGAUUGCUCCAAUGGAGAAGCUAACUAUUAUAUCGAAUUAUAGCAAUGUCCAAAUGCAUACCGGGGUCAUGGGUUACUAUUACAUUUUAGUUGCUGAGCCAUUGCCGAAAUCAAACCCCAUCUUUCAUUCCCUCGAUGUGGCAGAUUUGGUGUAGGUUUUCAAGCUAGGAAGCAAUGAUCUAAUGGCUCUCAAGAAUAAGUGAUCAUUUUGCAAUUUGGUUUGCAUUGCAUCACAUAAUUGGGAACCUUAGCUUGCAUUGUAAUAUAUAUCUGGGCAUGUAAGCCCAUUUGCCUCAAUACCUCAUACAUACCUAUUUGCAAAUUAUAUUCUGGACCAGUAUCCACUUUGUAUUGUAGACUUUGAUACAAAAAUACGUCAUUAUUUUAUAUAAAAUGUCAACUAGCAUAUCAUAUUUAAUAA